AUGGUGACACGUAGAGGAGGAACUACACCCAGCGAUCCCCGCUCACCCGUCUCCCUCCUUCCACCCGCUCUUUCCCGCACUGCAGCCCGGAGCCGCGAUCCCAGCCUCACCAAACCAGCUCCUACAGCCACACCCCCAGCCGCCAUCUCCAAGGAUACUGCAUCCAAGCAACGGCAUGGGCUUCAGCGUCCGCUGUUACCAUGCCAACCAGAGUUGCAGGCCACUCGGCCCAAAGCAGGAGCUCAGAAGAAGAGUUGGAAGACAGAGGAGCGCAGCGCACGGGAGAGCAGCUUGUGUGACACUAUGGCCGGCGAGGAGAGCUCACUCAUGAAGCUGGAGAAUGUCAUUCAGCGCCUGGAGAACACAGUACUCAAUCCAGACAGUGCAGAUGAAGACCGAAUCUUAAACUUUCGUAGUGGAGAAGAGGAGCGAGACAUGCUUACUCCUGUCCCUGCACGCAUCCGUGAGAUCAUCACGCAGAAUCUGAGUGAUGACUCUCCAUACAGCUUCACAGACACAUUUACUGACCUUGGUCUGAAGGAGGAGAACAGAUCUCUGCAAGAUGAGUUAUUUCGUUUGAAAGAUCUGCUGGCAGUAACCCUUUCUGAGCAUGAUGACCUCACCAUCAAGAACCACGCACUGAAUGAAAAGCUGGAACAGAUGAUGAAAUUUGGAGAGAGUGAAACGGUUUCAGACUUGAGAAGACGCUACCAGGAAGAGGAGAUGGCAUAUAAACGCAAACUGGCUGCCUACCAGGAGGGUCAGCAGAGGCAAUCACAGCUAGUACAAAGAUUGCAGAAUAAGGUCUUACAAUACAAGAGUAAGUGUGGAGAACUGGAACAGAAUCUUCUUGAGAAAUCCACAGAUAAUGAUCAUCAGAGACUGUCAUUACAGGCACAGCUGGAUACAGCAGAGUCCACUUUGCACAGGUUGGAUCAGGAACACAGUACAGACCUCAAAAGUGCCUUGAUCAGGCUGGAGGAUGAACAGCAGAGGAGCAGCAGCCUUGCACAAGUCAACAUGACCCUAAGAGAGCAGAUGGAUCAAUUUAAGCUAGCUAACGACAAACUAACAGAAGACCUGAGACAUCUGACCUCUGAACUCCACAGAGCACAUGAGGACCUAGAGGAACGGGAAUCUCAGUGGAGGAAAGACAAAGAGAGUUAUACGCCGUACCCGAGCAGGGACCACGACAGUAUCCUGACACUGGGGAGGCAGACAGCCACCUUGCGCAGUCAGUUCCUCGAUCUUCGUGCUAUGGCAGACAGGGGUCUUAGCGAGGUGAAGGGUGAAAUUUCCCGUAGCUCGCGGCGCAUGCAUACAGCCUGCUUAAAUCUAGACUCCAACCUGCGCCUCUCUCAGAACGCUGCUGGGUCUUCCCUGCAUACGGCCCGCCUUGAACAGCAGCUGCGAGACAAAGUACGACAAAUGAUCCAGAUGCAGAGCCAGUGGGAUGCUGAGAAAGUGGAACUGAACGCCAGAGUGACAGAGUUGUCGCUAAAGGUUGACAAGCUUAAAGAAGAGAACAGUAAGCUAGAGAAGGAGAAACACAAACUGGAGAGCAAUGGGUGUAACACGUGGCAGGAGCUGGAAGGUGUCAGAGAAGAAUGUGAGUCACUGCAGCAAACACUGAAUGCCAUAACUCAGAUAUGUCAGGCAGAUAGUAUGAGCCCUGAUAUGGACAGUUCAGCGAGCACAGGAGGUGAUGAUCUUAGACGUGCUGCUUCUCCAUCCAGUAAGAGAUCUCCCAGCCGAGGCAGUUCCCCAUACAGACAAGAUGCAGCUGCUAGAAUGGUUCAGAAUACCCUGCACAGGCACGAGGAGAGAGAGAAGGAGCUUCUGGCUGAACUUAAACUGGCACAGCAGUUAGUGGAGGAUACUAAGAAGCAGCUGCUGGAUAGUCUGCAGGAGGCUGAGAGGCGAGGAUUGGAGCUCAAGAGAGAGAAGGAUGAGAUUAGUAACUUGCUGGAGAGAGUAAAACAAGAAUCUCAGAGAUGUCAGGCCACCCUGGACUCCCUGAACAGAGAGAAGGAAACAGUAGAGGAAUCCCUAAAGACAGCUAAGCAGCGGGCUGAGGCCUCACUCCUGGAGUUUGAAAGACUAAAGGCAGUGAAUGCAGAGUUAUUGCGCCAAAGGGAUAUCCUGGAGGAGCAGAAGGAGGAUCUGAACAGAGACCGAGAACGCAGCCAGAAAGAGCUGGAGAGAGGGCAAAGAACCCAAGAGAAGUUGGAAGAGAAGGUAUCGGUGUUGAAAAAAGACAUGGUUACCGUCCGAGAAAAUCUAAGCCAGGCAGUGCUUGAAAGAGAUGUCCUUCAAGGAGAGAAGGAUGCUGUCACCUGUGCACUUAGCAAGGCUGAAUCAAGCAGAGCAGAGCUGGAAAUGGCACUAAACCAAAUGCGAAGUGAACAGGCAGCAUUGAGUGACUCCCUGGCCAAGAUGGGUGCUCUGAAUGAAGGUUUAGCACGAGAUAAGGUGGCUCUCAACCGUGUCAUCUUACAGCUAGAGGCUGAGAGGGCUUCCCAGCAGGAGGACCGGCGUGUUAGUGAGGCAAGUUGUGCUACUUUGAAGGAGCAGUGUGAAGCUUUGGAGCUGGAGGUGUCCCAGCUACAGACAGACAGAGCCAGACUGGAGCAGAGGUGCCGAGACACUGAGGAGAAGCUGCAGAAGAUGGAGGAGCAGCUUCACAGUUUACAGAGAGAGAAAGCAAAACUAAAGGAACAGCUUGCACAGGCCAAUGCUUCAGUACAGUUAUUACAAGACCAGUUACAAGAAAACCGGAGAGAGCUGGACAUACAGUCAGCAGCUCUGCUGCGGGCUGCUCAACGCAUGGAAGACCUGACCAAUCAGAAUGCAGAGCUUGGUGUGAAGGUAGCAGCUCUUGAAGCGGAAAGGCAUGAGCAAGAGGAUGAAGCGGAGCAGCUUCGAGCACAAAAAGAAUCUCUGGAGAAUACCUUGUAUGAUACUCAGCGUCACGCCGCUCAGCUAGAAGAUCGCAGAGAACAACUGGAAGGAGAGAUCCACACCCUUAUGCUAGCAAAACAAAACCUACAAGCUGAAGCACAGCACCAGGCGCUGGAAGCCGAGGAAGCUAUGGCAGAGUUGAGGCAGCAGAAGGUCAAGCUUGAGCUGCAUUUGGCACAGACAGAGCAGGCAGCACAGCUCUCUCUGAGUAACCAGGCCCAGCAGCACCAGGAUGGUAUGGAGCGUCUCAAGAAAGAGAAGGAGUCUAUGCGUUUAGCCAUGAUGGCAGAGAAGCAGGAAGCAGUGCAGCGGAUGGAGAUGGAGAAAGAAGAACUUCUAUCUGAGUGUGAAAACAUAAAGCAGAAACUGAAUGCAGAGAUAGUCCGCCUGCAGGAAGACAAAGAAGAGAGCCUGUACAGAGUGGAGAAUGAGAAACAAAAGGCUUUACUCCAGAAGGAGACUGAGAAGAAUUUCCUAAGUGAGCGGCUGAUGCAGGUCCAAAGAGAGUUUUCUGACACUAGGCUGGAUGCUGAGAGGUUUAGACGUGAGACUCAAGUCAGACAAGAUCAGGACAAGACACUGCUGGAUGGUGUUUCUUCAGAACUAAAAGCAUUGCAGAUGGAGUUUGAGGAUGCUGUGUCAGCUCACUCUAAAGAGAACAAGAGUCUAUGUGAGCGAGUCAAACAACUCAGCCAAGACAGGGAGAGCCUAACCAAAGAGGUGGAAGAACUGAGAACUCAACUGCGUGUAGCAGAAGAUGCCAGAGAUGGGUUGCGCAGAGACAUAAUUGAAGUACAGCGCCUGCUGCGAGAGAUGGAAGAGACCUGUGAAAUUCAGAGGAAGGAAUCCCUAGAGCUGCGUCGUGAUCUCGGAGAUCUGACUCGAGAAAAAGAAACUCUACAGCAAUCCAAUACUGAUCUGAGAGCAUCCAUUAAGAAGACAGAGGCAGAGAAGAGCGGUCUGCAGGUGGCUAUAGAGGAGAAACAGCAACGAAUGGCUGUAUUGCAGGAGGCAAAGUCAUGUGUUGAGCGUGAAGCAGCACAACUGAGGACUAGCCUUCGAGAAGUGGAAAGAUCUCGUAUAGAGGCUCGUAGACAGCUCCAAGAACUAAGGAGACAGGUGAAGACGCUGGGUGGAGAGAGCAGCCAGAAGGAGCAAGAGGUGGCUGAACUACAGGCACGGAUCCAGCAGGAAGAGCAAAAGGAACAACAGAGCCGCAGAGAGUCAUUGGAGCUGAGACAGCGUAUUACAGAGAGCGAGGCAGAGAGAGAGGCCGCUCGUAGAGAGAUACUGGCUCUGCAGCAGCGGCUGUCAGCUUUAGAGACCUCUUCCCGCCAGUGUGAGAAAGAACUUGAGCAGAGACUCAGCGAGAGCCGAGCAGGGGAGCAAAGGCUACAGGAGGGAUGCAAGACACUGCAGGAGCAGCUGCAGCGAGUUACAAGUGAGGCUGCAGAUCUCAAGCUUAAGCUUGGAGCGUGUGAAACUCGAGUUCGAGCCCUUGACUCUGAACUGAACAGGAUCCAGACAGCACGCAGGGAUGCAGAAAACCAUUUAAACAGCCUUUACUCAGCAUUCAGGAACACUCUGGGCAUUAGGGGCCGCAGUCCCUCACCUCUUAGAGCUGGCUCUCCAAGUAAAGGACUUGCUGGAUCAGUUAGUUCAUUUCUGGAAGGAAGGCGGACUCCAGGCUCUCGCAGUGGCUCCCCAGAUCGCAGCCGCUCUCCGUACCCCGAGCUUGAACCUGAGACUGUAAAAGCAGCACUAAAGAACCUUCAGCAGGAACUGAGGGAGACUCAGAGGGAGAGGGAUGAGACCGGCAUGUCGCUGCAUAGACAGCUGGGUGAUCGCACAGAUCAGUGUGAGAGAUUGCAGAGCCAGCUGCAGAAACUCCAGAGACAGGUCACGGAGCUCCAAGAAGGCCAAAAAAAGACAGAGGAGCAACUGGGUACAGCGCAUACGGAGAUGCGUUUGCUGCAGGACAACUUGCGCCUGGUAGAGAGGGAGUGUCAAACUGCAACUGAACGUGCGUCAAAGCUGGAGCACGGCCUGCGCAUGUGUGAAGAUGAGAAGAAGAAUUUGGAGGAGAGACUGUGCCGGGCUCGUAGUUGUGAAAGCCGGCAGGAGCUGGAAUGUAAGAGCCUGAGAGAAAUCCUGGAAGCUUCGGAGAACCGCAGUACAGACCUGGAGCUUAGGAGGCGAUCUCUAGAGGGGGAACUGGAGAGGACGCGGCUCUGCCUGGCGGAAAGAGAAGCAGAAGUUCUGGCUUUGCAGGACCAAGCACAAGACUUACAGGAACACUUGAAGCAGAGUGAAGACAGAGAGGCUGGCCUGCAGAGAGAGGUGCAGAAGCUGAGCCUGGCCUUGUCCAGGGCUCAGGACGGUGAGAGGCAGCUGCAGGACAAAUCACAGGGGCUGACUCAGGCUCUCGGAGAAGCAGCAGCUGGAACGGGGAACCUGCAGGAAAAUGUCAGCAGAUUACAAGGAGCUCUGACGGCAGCUGAGCAAGAUAGACGGGUCCUGCAGGAACGCCUAGAUUCUCUCAGGCAAGCACUCAGUGACAGUAAGAGACAGAACCUGCGUCUCUCACAGACAGUGCAGGAACACCAGCAGCAAUUGGGGGACAUUCAACUGACAUGCAGAGAUUAUCAGGCAAGAGCAGAAGAUCUGCAGCAGGCUCUCCUGAAGCAGCAGCAGAGGGACAAGGAGCAGGGAGUCACUAUUCUUGAGCUACAGGAAAGAGUGAAGAUACUGCAAGGUGACAAGACGCAGAUGGGGAUUGACAAACAGGACAUGCAACACUCUACAGUCCUUCUGGAGAAAGGCAACAGCAAUCUGAGAAAUGCAUUGGAAAAGGUGAAACGUGAGCAGCUGCGUUUGGAGGAGGAAGUACAACGCUUCAACAUAGAAAAGGAGCAAAUAAACCAGUUGGUUAUUUCCCUAAGAAAAGAUCUUGCAGAAACUCAGAGACAAAAUCAGUACCUGGAGGCUCAGAUAACAGAUCUGGAACGAGCUCACUCUCAGAGACUGAUGGAAGUGAGUAUGAGACAUCGGCAGGAGCUGGACACAGAGAGCGAGAGGCUUCGCAUUACUCAACAACAAGGAGAGAUCACACUGGAGAACAGAGAGAGAGCACACAGGCAGAGGAUCAGAGGCCUGGAGGAACAGGUGAGCACUCUACAGGAGCAGAUGGAGCAGGAGUUGAAACGUAGACAAGAAGCCUUACGUUCCGCUCAUUAGCCUGGCAGAGAAGACCAUAACCCGUCCUGUUCUGGAGCUGCAUACUGAAACUACCUGUAUCUAAAUGAGUUCAUGACAAUCUUAUGUAAAGAGGGAAGUCAAGGAACCUAAGUUUAUUGUUUAUAUAAAUAUAAACAAGUUACUCAU